AUGUUUUUGAAUAUCAUACAGAGCACAGGCAGGAUAUUGAUGGGAAAACCAUCUGGUGCUAAUUUGCUUGUUCAAACUAGAAAUAAAAUGAAAUCCCAUAAGGCAGCUGCUAACAGAUUUAUAAAAAGAGCCAGUGGACUCAAAAGAAAACAAGCUGGUGUCAAUCAUGGUAAUGGUAGAUUUAGUUAUUCUGCUUUGAAGGGUUUGAGAGGAUUUGUGGAGGUUUCAAACAAAGGAGGUCAUUUGAAGAAGUUCAUCAAUCGUGUAUGA